ACCAGCAGCCGCGUCCGGUGUGUUGCCAUUCACCGCAUCCCUCUUGUGCCUUGGCCCCAUCCUGUCCCCUCUGUCCGGGAGAUGCCAGCUCCUGCGACCGGGGCAAGGUCCCGGGGAGAGCGCCGCGGGGGGCCAGGGCCACGAAGCGUGGGGACAUGUAGCUGGACCAAUAUUUUCCCCAGAAAGCUUAGGGGAAAGUCUGGCCGUGGCUAUUCUGGAGUGGGAGCAGCUGUUUCUUCAUCCUCCUCCUUCCCAGUUUGGUUCUUAAAAGCUAAAAACGCUGGAAAUGGGAGCAAAAUGCUUCAACCCGGGGGGAACGAAGCCUUUGGUUCAACCCCCGUCCUCCUCUCCCCACUCAACCAAAUCCUUUCUGGCUUUUCAGUCCACCAGAAAACAUGGAUCGCUUUUCCCUUUGUCUCGCUCGGUCUCCAGCUCUGCCCGCGGAUGCCCAGAGCCCCCCUGUUCAGGCAGCCUCCCCGUAGCCAAGGCUGGUCCCGGAUUCUCCUCCGCGGGUGGGAAAGGCACGCUCUUGAGCCCCAAAAGCUUGGUUUGAAGCCUCCUGCGUUUGACGCCCUUUUCGCCCUACGCCGAGCUGCCUCCCGGCACGGCCUGCAUACCCGGUGGACCGCGGCAUCUCUGCCGCGGGGCCGGGGAGCUCGUUGGAAGCUGGCACGCUCUGGCCCAGGCUGACCCAACCCAACCAUUUGGGAGGCGACGAUUUCCCAGGCCACGACCCAGCCGUGGUUGGCGCGAGGGAGGGCGGAAGGUCUCAGCCCGCCCCGUGCCGGGGGGAACGGGCUGAGGGAAGAGCCGUUUCGGGCCCUCCCUUCCUGCCGUGCCCGGAGCAGGCGCUGCGAGCGGUGGCGCUGACCCGUGGCCUCGCUCCCCUUCCUCUUCCAUUCCGAGAACAGGCAGCGCCCGCAGCCGGCGAGCGGAAGUGGGACUAUAAUAAACUGGCCAGCGGCUUCCCGGGGCUGCAGCGCCAGCUUCCACCGACUGACCCCGGCGCCCGGUCCCAGGUGCUGCGAGGGGCUUGGGGGGGUGCUCGUUCUCCUGCCGCGGGGACCAUGGAGCAGCUGAACUGACCGCAGGAGGCAUCCCACUGUACCCAGGAUGGGCUGCGUGCAGUGCAAAAAGAAGGGGUCCGGCAAAGCCCAGGGCGAGGGCUGCGAUGGCAAGCUCAGCCUGGUCCCCAGCACCCACUAUGACCCGGACCCCACCCAGCCCGCCGCCAGCUUCAGCUGCAUCCCCGACUUCAACAACUUCCACGGCUCCCCCACGCCCGCCGGCACCGCCUUCCUGGGGCCCGGCCUCUACCCCAGCAACACCCUGCAUGGCCGCGGGGGUGGCAUCACAGGCGGGGGCGUGACGCUGUUCAUCGCCCUGUACGACUACGAGGCCCGGACGGAGGACGACCUGACCUUCCUGAAGGGGGAGAAGUUCCACAUCAUCAACAACACUGAGGGCGACUGGUGGGAAGCGAGGUCCCUGAGCACGGGGGCCACGGGCUACGUCCCCAGCAACUACGUGGCGCCGGUGGACUCCAUCCAGGCAGAAGAGUGGUACUUCGGGAAGAUCGGGCGGAAGGAUGCGGAGCGGCAGAUCCUGUGCCCUGGAAACCCCCGCGGCACUUUCCUCAUCCGGGAGAGCGAGACCACCAAAGGUGCCUACUCCUUGUCCAUCCGGGACUGGGACGAGGCGAAAGGCGACCACGUGAAGCACUAUAAGAUCCGGAAGCUGGACAACGGCGGCUAUUACAUCACCACCCGGGCCCAGUUCGAGACGGUGCAGCAGCUGGUCCAGCAUUACAUCGAGUACAAUGACGGUCUCUGCCAUCUACUAACCCGGGUAUGCCCCAAUAUGCGGCCCCAGACCCUGGGCCUAGCUAAGGACGCCUGGGAGAUUAUGCGGGAUUCCAUCACCUUGGACAAGAAGCUCGGCAUGGGCUGUUUCGGAGACGUGUGGAUGGGCACCUGGAACGGGACCACCAAGGUGGCGGUGAAGACGCUGAAGCCGGGCACCAUGUCGCCCGAGGCCUUCCUGGAGGAGGCGCAAAUCAUGAAGCGGCUGCGGCACGACAAGCUGGUGCAGCUCUACGCCGUGGUGUCAGAGGAGCCUAUCUACAUCGUCACCGAGUUCAUGAGCCAGGGGAGCUUGCUGGACUUCCUGAAGGACGGAGAUGGCCGGUUCCUGAAGCUGCCGCAGCUGGUGGACAUGGCCGCGCAGAUCGCAGCUGGUAUGGCCUACAUCGAGCGGAUGAACUACAUCCACCGGGACCUGCGCGCCGCCAACAUCCUGGUGGGGGACAACCUGGUGUGUAAGAUCGCCGACUUUGGGCUGGCCCGCCUCAUCGAGGACGACGAGUACACGGCGCGCCAGGGCGCCAAGUUCCCCAUCAAGUGGACGGCCCCGGAGGCCGCGCUUUUCGGCCGGUUCACCAUCAAGUCGGACGUGUGGUCCUUCGGCAUCCUCCUCACCGAGCUCGUCACCAAGGGCCGCGUGCCCUACCCAGGCAUGAACAACCGGGAGGUGCUGGAGCAGGUGGAGCGAGGAUACCGCAUGCAGUGCCCGGGCAGCUGCCCGUCCUCACUGCACGAGCUGAUGGUGCAGUGCUGGAAGAAGGAGCCCGAGGAGCGCCCCACCUUUGAGUACCUCCAGUCCUUCCUCGAGGACUACUUCACCGCCACCGAGCCCCAGUACCAGCCCGGGGAUGACCAGUGAGGCCGUGCCAGGACCCUUCAUGGGGCCAGGACACCCCCCUGGUUUGCUGGGGAUUUUUUUACUCCCCGCCCGCCACCGAGCUCCCCUCCCCCAUGGCCACAGGGGUGGGGGGCACCAAUGCACCCUAUUUCAAAGGGGUCCCCACAGAGCUGUUCCUAUGGAGGGGGGAGCUGUGCCCCUCUUCUCUCCCUCAAUGCCCUCCGCUGCCUCGCUGGGCUGGGGAAGUCGUCCCCACCAGGCCCAGCAGCCAUGGGGGGAGGCACAUGGCAGCCCCGCUCUCUCCCCAGGCUCGCAGACGUGCUGCGCCCACAGCUAGUGCCCGCAUCGUCCAGUCUGGGUGGGCUGGGGAGAAGCAGGCCUGCCUCCUGCCACGGAGAAAGGCCACGGGUGGAUGGAGCAUCCCCCAGGCGAAGGCAGAAGCUCGCCAACCUCCAAGCUGUGAUAGCCCAGGGGCACGUGGCCUCUCCAGCCCUGCCCUGGAGGUCCCGGGGGGUGGCAGGACCUGGGGUGGGGGCGAAAGGCUCCUUCCCCAGCUCCCUCUGCCGCAACGGCACUGCUCCUGGGGAGACACUGGCAGGGGGCCCCCCCCCCCCCCCCCGCCGCUUGCACACUUUUUGUACAUAACUUUUUUAUGAUGAUGGUGAUUAUUUAUAAGACUCAAACCCUGCCCCCCCCGACCCCCUCGCCAGGGUGUCCGGGCUGGAAGAAGGCCAGUGGGGGGAUGUGACUUCUGUUUCUCCUCCUCUCCCCCCAUCCCCGGACUCAUCACUGGCUUCAGUUGCUUUUCCUUUGACCAGAGCCAAAUCGAUAAAGCCAUAUGCUGCUGCUCGGGGCGGGGGGAGCAGUCAGCGCCACCCCCUGGGACCAGGGAUGCGCCGGAGCCUGGCACGGCGGGUGCAGGAGGGGGCAGGAAUUACCUUACCCUGGGGGAAAGAUCCCAGAUUUAAGCCUUCAUAGCUGGUCGCCUUCCCCCUAUCAUUGCCUUAUGCAUUAUGGUCCAGGGGCUGGAGCGAUGCGGGUGCAAGUCGGCCCCAGCCACGUGCCCCCCAUGGGAGUCCUGAGCCCUGUCCCCUUCAGACCCCCCAGGCUGGAGCGGUCUGUGCCCCCCGAGAGCCCAGCCCCUCUGCCUGGCAUGGAGGUUGCCGCCAGUGCACCCAUGGGGCUGGGGGGCCCUGUCCGUCCCUGCGUGGAGGAGUGGGGCUGGGGGCUGCACCUCCGGGGUUGGGGUUUUUUCCACAUGGGUUCUGUAAAUACAAAAAAAUAAACCUUUCUACCAAGAGCUGUGCCCUGCGGGUCCUCAGCCGUGCCCAGGCCAAAGGCAGGGGGCUCGGAGAGAUGCAGACCGGCUCUCAGGUGGUUUCCAGGGAGCCCCCUGGGCAAGUGGGCAUCUCCCCAAGCAG